UGCGAUCCGGAAGUGGACGCCAGCGUUUCCCUGCUCAGCUGGCGAACCGAGUCAGAGCUGAAAUGAGCGGUUCCUGAUCCAGGGUUUGCGGAAACACAGUGGAGGUUUGAUCUCGGAGCAUUUUGGAGCUUCUUGAUAAAAUAAUGUCGUUGAGUCUUAAAGGAAGUGAGGUCGAGGAAACACUGACGCGUUGCUAGUCUUAUUGUCAAGUAGCUACAGGGUUGUUUUUUUGCCUUUGUGGCAACAGGAAGAAGAAGAAGAAGAAGAAGAAGAAGAGGAGAAGAAGAAAAACCCAAACAAAAGCUUGGAGUGGAUUAUUUCUAUAUAUAAUUAUAUAAAAUAAUCUAACUAUAGGUGAUCUUAUAGAGCUGUAGUGUGUCUAAUCUAGUGUUUAGAUCUGACAUCAGCUAGCUCAGGUUUAUUGGUUGGUGGUGAAGCUAAUCAGGAGACACGACGCUGAGAAAUGGACGACUUCAGCUCAAUCAGCUUGCUUUCCCUGGCCAUGUUAGUGGGAUGCUACGUUGCAGGAACAAUCCCUCUUGCUGUCAACUUCUCAGAGGAGAAGCUGAAGCUGGUGACGGUGUUGGGAGCAGGUCUGCUAUGUGGUACUGCGCUAGCGGUCAUUAUUCCCGAGGGAGUCCAUGCGCUGUAUGAGGAGGUGCUGGAGGCAGGACACCACGCCCACGGUCCGGACGAGGUUUCAGCCCCGGAGCAGAAAGCCGGCGAAUCGGUGGUAGGGCCGAGCCACGAACAUGCGCACGGUCACGAGGAGCUCCAUGCCUUCAUCGGUGUGUCUCUGGUGAUGGGAUUUGUCUUCAUGUUGCUGGUGGACCAGAUCGGCAGCUCGCACAUACACAGUGUUGACGACCCUGAAGCAGCGCGAGUAGCCAGCUCUAAAAUCACCACCACUCUUGGUUUGGUUGUCCAUGCUGCAGCUGAUGGAGUUGCACUUGGAGCAGCAGCUUCUACCUCUCAGACUAGCGUCCAGCUCAUUGUGUUUGUGGCCAUCAUGCUUCAUAAGGCGCCUGCUGCCUUCGGCCUCGUCUCAUUCCUCAUGCAUGCGGGUUUAGAGAGGAACCGAAUCAGAAAACACCUGCUGGUCUUUGCCUUAGCUGCCCCUGUUCUAUCUAUGAUCACCUUCCUGGGUCUCAGCCAGAGCAGUAAAGAGGCCCUGUCCAACAUCAACGCCACAGGCGUGGCCAUGUUGUUCUCAGCCGGGACCUUCCUCUACGUCGCCACGGUUCACGUCCUGCCUGAGGUGGGAGGCAUGGGUGGGCACAGCCACUCAUCCGGAGGAGGAAAAGGACUGAGCAAGGUGGAGGUGUUGGCGCUGGUCAUAGGCUGCCUCAUCCCUCUGGUGCUCUCGUCGGACACCACCACUGAGAAGCCAGAAAACAGACUGUUGGGGACUUAAAAGUGGUGUUCAACCAGUUUCUAUCUCAUCAUGCCUCUGUGUAUGGAUCAGACCUGUGGCGCAGAAAUGAACUUGCGAGGCAACUGUGUGAUCACAUGACCAUAAGUGCUGUGCGCUAAUAGCAGGCAUUUACAUGCAUAAAAAACUGACACCACAGGUUUUUCUUUUUUAGGUGUAUUUUUUAUUUUUAUUUUUUCGUUUACUUUCUCUAUACAUUAUUUUCCGUUGUGGUCUCUGAAACAUCUUUAACAAAAGUAACAGUGAACUUUUUUUUAAAUAAUAUGUAGUGAACUGCAUACUCAUUUCGGAUAAACGUGAUAAAGAAUUUAUUCUAAUUAAAUGUUUUUAUGUUUCA